AUUUUGAAAAACCMAACCGGAAGUCCUCACAUCCACAGUCGUUUUCUUGACUCUCCGGUUGGUCAGCAGAGAAAAAGGGAUCCAGCGAGUAACGGGAGCAGAGCUGGCGUGGAAAUUAAAUUAAACUGGACAAAACACAGCAGAAGGCAUAAAAAACACACUUAAAGCAGGUCUGCUUGGAUUAGAUAAUCGAUGAAGAAGCCAACCAGGAUGAGCAUCUCUGCUUAAACAUCCCCACUUCCUCUUCCUUGUGUCUGGACGGAGAAAACCCACUUUAGAGCAGAAGCAUUGAGCCGGAGUCAUGGCGAACAUGUGCCCUUAUGGCCGUUUCACCCACGCCGUGGUGAGAGGCAUCCCAGAGACCUUUGGGAAAACAGCUGGAGAGGGCCGUGAGAACGGGGAGGUCACGGUGGACCAGGCCAAAGCCCAGCGUCAGUUCGGCUGCCUGACCGGGGCUCUGAGGCAGAAGGUGGGCCUGCAGCUGAUCGAAAUCCCCCCCGACCCCGAGCUGCCGGAGAGCUGGAGGGUGGAGGACGUGGCGGUGAUCCAGGGAGACACGGCGCUCAUCACCAGACCGUUCAAGCAGCAGAGACGCAGCGAGGCGGACGCGGUGAGGAGGGUGAUGUCAGAGCUCAACCUGACCGUGGUUGAGAUGGGCGACGAACAAGGCGACUCUGGCGGCGCCACGCUGGAGGGCAGCGACGUCCUGUUCACAGGGAGGGAGUUCUUCGUGGGGAUUUCCUCCCACACCAACCGCAGAGGAGCCGAGGUGCUGGCAGACACCUUCAGGAAAUCUGUCAUGAAGCGUUUGUCACCAACAGCCUGGAACCAGGYCGAUGUUUUGAAGUUCUUUAAACUCCUGGAGUUUAAAGCUCUUUCAGAGAAGUUGGAGGAAGUGAAAACUGAGGUUUCGUGUGUAUUAUUGUGUUGGUUUCAGAUGAUGGAGCAGCUGACCGAUCACCACUACGACGUUCUCACCGUCCCAGAGGAAUCUGCGGCUAGCUGCAUCUACGUUAAAGGCCCGUCCAAACGGGACUUCCUGCUGCACCGGCCCGCCGAGGAGUGUCCCGACAGCGUCUCUGCCUUCCAGAAGCUGCCGGACUACACCCUGCUGCCGACGGCCUGCAGCGAAGCAUCCAAGCUGGGAGCGUCUCUGUCCUCGCUCUGCCUGCUCAUCAACAGAAAGUACACAUAUUUCUGAGGACGCUGCCGCCGUCGCAUAAUCACGCAGCAUUUUAUGCUGGUGACUCAUUAGUCACGGCCCACAAAGUAAAAACAGUGUUUAAUAAUAAUGGUUUCAGGACACAGAGGUCUGUGGUGCAGCUGCUCCCCCUGCUGAAAGUUUAGCUACUYUCAGUUCCUGUCAUUUCAUUUUACAGUUAGAAAAAAAAAGAAGCUACGUUUCAGCAGGUUUGGCACAAGUGUGAAGAAACCCAGAUGGUUUAGUGAAUUUUUAUACUUGCAGUGUUAUAUUUUUAAUCAAGCACAAGAUCUAAACCACUUUAAAACAAAAACUGAAGCGAAUUAUAACUGUUUACAGAUUAAAUAAAGAGKAAAUUGAAGUACUCAAUUCAUCUUGAAACAUUUCAUCUUAAACUGUUUGACAGAAUAAGUUUAAUUUUCUAAUCACUGUCCUUUAAGGUGYACCUGUAAGACCUGAAAUAACUAAUCUGUAUUUCAAUUAUUACAAAGUUUAGUCUUAGUUUAGUGAAAUACACCCAGCUGCUCAAUGAAGGACGUUUUAACUAGAAUAUAAAUUUGUAGUUGUGGAAAUAAAAUCUAACUUUUACCCUGA